AUGACCAGUAUACACAAUAGCCAGAGAUGUCCCAUCGCCGGUCUCUACGGUAUUCCCGGAUGUGGGAAGUCCCACCUUCUCAGCAAACUCAAAACGCAGCUUGGUGAAGAGAAGUACGUCUACCACGAAGAAUCCAAGGUGAUUGGCACUGUUCCUGCCGGUGACUUGGCCGGCUUCCGAGCGUAUCGUGAACAGGCCAUCCGCAAUAUCCGAAAGAACCCGAAACAUGGCUGUGUCACCGUCGUCACAGGCCAUUUCAUGUUCUGGGAGCCGACCGAGCCGAUGGGAAAGAUUGUAUGUACCAACGAAGAUCUUGCAACAUACACUCACAUCUUCUACUUGGACGUGGCUCCUGAAGUGGUCCAGGGCUUUUGGGGACAGGAUACAGCCAGAAGGGGUCCCUGUCCCCCAGUCGACCACAUUCGAGCAUGGCAGAAAGUUGAGAAAGCUGAAUUGCGGAGACUCUGCCACGAGCACCGAAUUAUCUUUUCGCUUCUAGGCGCCAUCAAGAUGCUGCGAAUCUUAUUGGAAGUGUUUGGCACCACGACGAAGAUUCCAAUCUCCGGCUUGCUAAGCAUCAUCUCAACGAGGCACUCGAAUACUGGGGAGCUUUGGUGGAGGAUAUACCGGCAGCAUUAUCCUUCUGAUGAGUCUGAUGAGUGUGACGAAUCUGAUGACUCUGAUAAAUCUGAUGCGUCAGAUGAAUCGGAUGGAUCUGAUGGUCGUGAAUGCCCCUUGAGGCGGCUGUUUAACGGUCCGCUUGGGUACAGCUAUGCUGCCUUUCGCCAAGCUGUUUUUCUAUACGAAGAGGCUGCUGAUGAUCAGAAGUUCGGUGAGAUCUGUGAAGGGGUUGCUUCGAACGUGAAUAUGCAUCCUGAAUUCAUCAACCUCCUGUGGCAUGUUUUUGACGACACUUGCGUCAAAGCAGUGGUGGUUACCUCAGGUAUACGGCUAGUCUGGGAAAAAGUUCUGACACGAGGAGGUUUAUCCGACGAUAUAAAGGUUGUUGGUGGAGGGCGCAUUAAAGACACGUUUGUCGUUACUCCAAUGGUCAAAGGUGCUCUGGUCGACUACCUGCGGAAAACCUUGAAGGCGAAAGUGUGGGCCUUUGGUGCUAGUCGCAUGGAUUUGGGGAUGUUGCGAAACGCUGACCAGGCGUUCGUCGUCGUUGGCGAAGAGGCUAAUCGAAGCAUAACCAUGGAUGAGGCCUUGAUGGAUGAAUUCACCAAUGACAGAUUUCGGCCGAAACAGGUCUUGCUGCCUCCUACUUCCUCACCACGAUUAGAUACAAAAGUGCUACCGAUCACGACUCUCGACAGCCAAAUGAACGCCUCGAUAUCCGGACCCGCGCUCCAAAACGCCCAUCGCGACGCUGGAAGGUACCUCGCGCUUGCAUACUUGCCGAACGUUGUUGGUAUCGAAGAUUACCCUAUUCCCCGUGUGCAAGGCCAUCAUGUCACCGGCCAUCGACUCCAAGGCCAGCAUCAUACAACCAUCAUUGCUUUGAUGCGAGGUGGGGAGCCUCUGGCUCGUGGCAUUUAUGACUACCUGCCUGAAGCUGCUUUUAUCCACGCGAAGGUACCAGACGAUGUUUGCCACGGCCACUUGCACAAUCAGAAGACGGUCAUUCUGGCAGACUGGGUCAUCGACAGCGGGCAGACAGUGGCUAAGUUUGUCCGUCAUAUUCGGAAGCUGACUCCUGAUGUGCGCAUCAUCGUGGUUGCUGGCGUGGUGCAGGGCCGAUCAAUCGCCAAGCUUAGUCCUCUUCAGGCGCUGGCUCUGGCCAUCAGGGUCGAAUAUUCCGUCAUGGCUGCUUGA